UUCAUCCAACUUGCUUGUGUGAUUUGAAGCCAAAAAGACUAUGGAAUUAGAAGGUGUGGUGCACAGGACUGUGGAGGUGAACGACAUAAAGUUGCACAUAGCAGAGAAAGGAGAAGGUCCUCUGAUUUUGUUGCUCCAUGGUUUUCCAGAGCUUUGGUACUCAUGGCGACAUCAGAUUCUAGACUUAUCCUCUCUUGGUUACCAUGUUGUUGCUCCUGAUCUUCGUGGUUAUGGCGACAGCGAAGCUCCCACCUCCAUCUCUGCCUAUUCUUGUGUUAACGUAGUUGGUGAUAUUGUAGGUUUAAUUAAUGUUUUAGGUGCAGAAGAGGCAUUUGUGGUGGCGCAUGAUUGGGGUGCAAUAGUUGCAUGGUAUCUUUGUUUGUUUAGGCCUGAAAGAGUGAAGGCCUUUGUGUGCUUAAGCGUACCCUUUAUGCCGAGGAAUCCACACAUGAAGCCUGUUGAAGCCAUGAGAGCUCAAUUUGGAGAUGACUACUAUAUUUGUAGAUUUCAAGAACUUGGAAAGAUUGAAAAACAGAUAGUUCGCGCUGGAACAAGACAAGUGUUGGAAAAAAUUUUGACAGGUCGAAAUCCAGGACCUCCUAUUUUACCUAAAAAGAAUCCUUUCGACAUACAUCCUGGCGUUCCAAUUUGCUUACUUCCCUGGUUGACAGAAGAGGAUCUUAGCUAUUAUGUUACUAAAUUCGAGCAAAAAAGUUUCACUGGAGGAUUGAACUACUAUCGAGCUAUGGAUUUGUAA